AUGCCCGAGGAUGAUAACGACAUCGACUGGACAGAGCUGAAAGACUUCGACAGCUCAAAACAUUACACGAGCUCUUCCCUGCAGUCAGACGUUGUCGCAACUCAACCCCCGCCGUGGCUUGAUAACAUACAAGAGUUUGCUAGCCGCUCGGCUGACAAGCAUCUUAGCAGUGGGGAUCAUCUUGACUGUUUCGUGCAGUAUCUCAACCAACCUUAUGAUCCGCGCUUCCAGGACUCGCAAUCCGCAAGCACUGAGCAGAGAGCGUUUGGUGUUCUUUACGAUUUCCGGUCCGCAAGCAUCCAGCAAGUGCUCCAAAAUGCAGGAGACCUCGACGACCUGAAGGCCCAACGUGAACAGGAUGUACCAGAGAGUCGACUGCUCAUUCUGCGUGGCCACCCAUCUCCAGAAUGGUUGAAUGCAAUAUCGGAUGCUUUCGAGGUCGAUAUAGAGUUCUUCCACCACCAUCUGGAACUCUUCUCUCGUAGCCGAGCAGAUCCUGCGUGGACAUGGCCGCCUUUGUCGUCGACACUGGCACGAGAACCCCGCCUGCGAAUAACUACCCACGGAACAGUCAACAAACCAGAACACCAUGCCCGAGAAGAGAAACAUGUCAACGGCCUCCGCAGCCAUGUGCGGGAAAUAUUCAAGGCGUACCUCGAGGACACUCAACGAGAGGUGAAGGUCCAUGUCGGGACCUCCUUGCUUCGAGACAUUCACGUACAUGGCGCAGAGACUUUUAGUUUCGAGCAGGACGUGUCGAUCUGGACCAAACAACUAGGCAAUGGCUGGAGAGGGGUGGCGUGGAUCGAUGUCGGCAUCGAUGACCUCUUCCAAGGCCCAAAGGGUGCUUCACUGCGCACGCCGCUGGGAGGAAAGCCUGAAAACACAAUCUUCGGCUCCACGGUAUUGUGUCGUGCAUCCGAGACAGAUUUUCUCAGUCACGAUGCGCCCGCUGCGGUUCACAAAGGGGUUCUCGAGACGCCUGAUGGCAUCACUCAGAAUGCAAGGCACCUUUCUCACCAGUAUUGCCAGGACCUUGAUCUUGCGCUUGCUCGGGCAGACUCAUUCUAUGCUGUGCGCAAUCUCUUCAGGUUCUCUGCAGCAUCGGAGAAUCAGUUUCUGAACAUGAUGCAAUCCGUAAUCAGGGACGAUAUUCACCAUGCGACUGUCCUUGCAAAAGAGAAAAGGGCCGAUGCAUCGCUUUCGAAUCUCCUGUCUAACCAACUGGUUCUAAGCGACCAUGUCAAGCGACUGGAGGAUAACCUGCUUGCAAUCCAGAGGCGAGACGAGUGGCCAAAAUGGCGAGGAUCCAGUUCCGACAUCCUUUUGAGGGCAGACAAAGCGGGCUCCGAGUUGCUUGACAACUAUCAAGGCUUGCUGCGUAAAGCGACAGCUUUAGCAGAAGAGUGUGAUCGCGGGAUCAGGAGAAUUGAACAUUUGGAGAGCUAUGCCGAGUCCAAGAGAGCCAUCGCACAGGCACAAGGAGUGGAGAAGCUCACGAGGCUCGCGUUCGUUUUCGUGCCAAUGAGCUUUUCCUGUGCGUUCUUUGGAAUGAAUUUCAAGGAGAUCGGACAAGGCACGCUGUCGCUCUGGGUAUGGUUUGCUGUGACAGUGCCGAUAUUCGUCCUUUCGCUGGUGCUCAUGGUUUCAAACCUACGGCGCAGAGUGAGUUGGUAUCUGGGACUCCGCGGCAGACAAACGCAUGUGGGAGAUCCGGACUUAGAACAAGGACAUGUGUAA